UUUUGGUCUUUUUUUUCUCUCUAUUUUUCGUGUCCUAUUUAUAAUUGCAAGGUUUUUGCUGUAAUAGUUCAGGCGCCAUGUCAAAUAAGCAUAUUAUUAUUGUAGGUGGAGGUAUUAUCGGUGCUAGCUGCGCUUACUUCCUUUCUCAACAAGAUGGAUAUACCAUAACGUUACUGGAGCAAACAGAUAUUGCCUGUGCAGCAAGUGGAAAAGCUGGGGGAUUUUUAGCGCUUGAUUGGAACGAUGACCACCCUGGAAUGAAAGCGCUUUCCAGAGCGUCUUACAAACUGCAUGAAGAGCUUGCGAAGCAACUGGACGGUGAGAAAGCAUACGGCUAUCGUAAAAUGCAAACUUAUUCCGUGGUGUUCGAUACCAGUUUGAGUAAGAAGAGGAGAAAAACAACUGCAUCGGCGUCAAGCAAUGUAACAUGGAUUAAUAGAGAUUAUGUCAGGUCUGCAGAGAAAAUUGGCGACACAACUACGACAGCCCAGGUGAUGCCACCGCAGAUGACGAAGAAAUUGAUUGAGGAGGCAAAAAAGUCAGGGCGUGUUGAAGUACGUGUAAGAACGGGUGUUAAACAACUUUUGUUUGAAAAUGAUUUGGUAGUCGGCGUCGAAAUAGAAGGAACCGGAGAGAAUCUACAUGGUGAUAAGGUUAUUAUCUGUAUGGGACCAUGGAGCGGUUUGCUGCCUCUUCCAAACCAGGAACGUAUACCCAUUAGAGCCUCUCACGUUCAUUCAAUCGUGCUAAAACCGAAAGACGUUAUUCCUGGUGAUGCUCUUUUUACCACGAUAAUUGAAGAUGACUCCACAGCGGAGCCAGAGACAUACCCUAGGCCGGACGGCACUGUUUACCUUUGUGGAGCGAGUGAUAAUGAACCCUUAACUAAAAAUGCAUCUGAGGUUCAUGUAGCGGACACAGCUAUAGAGACGUUGCAACGUCAAGCUACCAUUAUUUCUUCACAAUUAGCCAAGAUGCCCUUGAUUCAAGGACAGGCGUGCUAUUUACCUAUCUCAGAGAAAACGCAAAUGCCAUUGAUCGGUCCACAUCCUCGCUUUCAGCAGCUGAUUUUGGCUACAGGCCAUUCUUUCUGGGGUAUAUUGAACGCCCCUAUUACAGGAAAGGCCAUUUCCGAGUUGCUUACAAAGGGAAAGAUUGAAUGUUUAGACGAAAAGGUCAUGGAAUACUUUCGCCCAACAAUUUAGAUGCAAUAGCAUGUCAACCCCCGCGAGCUAUAUUCAGCUUAACGAACACUGCCUAAGCAAUAGAUCA